AUGGUUCUAAUUCCUAAGAAGCCUUCCCCUACCACCAUGGGAGACCUUAGACCGAUUUCUCUAUGCAACAUUAUUUAUAAGAUUAUGUCAAAAACUCUUGCUAACUGCCUGAAGGAGGUUUUGGAGCAUUGUAUUUCAGGUAACCAAAGUACUUUUCUCCUUGUGCGUUUAAUUUCGUACAAUAUUAUGGUUUCUUUUGAGAUUCUCCAUUAUCUUAAAAGGAAAUCUAAAGGCAAGACAUGGAUUAUGGAUUUCAAGCUUGAUAUGAGCAAGUCCUAUGAUAAGGUGGAGUUGUGCUACUUAGAGGCCAUAAUGACCAAGAUGGUUUUCCAUAGAAGAUUGGUUCAGUUGAUUAUAACCUGUGUUUCAACAGUGACUUACAAGGUGGCUUCUAGUGGUCGAUUGAUAGGGCCUUUUACACCUACUUGUGGUAUCCUCCAAGGUGACAUGCUUUCCCCCCACUUGUUCCUUUUAUGUGGAGAAGGAUUCUAUUCUUUACUUCGUCACUUUGAGCAUAAGGGUUGGCUCCAUGGAUGUAAGGUUGCUAGUGGUGCUCCUUUGGUGUCCCAUAUGUUGUUUGCCGAUGAUAGUUAUCUUUAUUGCCGGGUUUUAGUUGAGGAGGCUAGAAAUGUUCAGCUCUUAUUGAGAAAUUUUGAGCAAGCUUCCGAGCAAAAAGUUAAUAUGGCCAAGUCCUAUAUCUUUUUUAGUACUAACACUUCUCAGACUAUUCGUGAGAGUCUGUGUGAGCUGAUGAGUAUGAAUAACACUACUCCCCACACUCUUUAUUUAGGGCUCCCUAGUUUGGUUGGAAGAAACAAGAACACUAUUUUGGGAUUUCUUAAAGUUAAAUUUAGGAAAAGAGUUCAGAAUUGGGAUGGGAAACUUCUUUCUCGAGCUAGUGAGGAAGUUUUCCUUAAAUCCAUAGCUCAAUCUCUGCCUUCCUAUGCUAUGAGUUUUUUCCUUCUUCCUUUGGGCCUUUGUUCAGAUUUGGAGAGACUUAUGUGCUGUUUUUGGUGGAAAGCUUCUACUAGUACUGGUCGGGAUCGUAAUGAGCUGGUGUGGAAAGGAGUUUGUAUUGAAGAGCAACAUGUAUAUGUAGCUACUGUUAAUCAUCUUAAUCAGUGGAAUAUAGCUCAUAAGAAUGACACGAAGGUUGACAAAGCCCCAACCCCAAAUUUGGGGAGUAUUGAGCACUGGACUAGACCCAUGACUAACAUGAUUAGGAUUAAUGUGGAUGCUACCAUUUUUCCUGAUAUUGAUUCUUUUGGCAUUGCUCACUGCUUAGCUAGGAGUGCUGAUUCUUAUACAAGGUGUGUAUAUAAAGACUCUGAUAUUCCUGUUGUUUUGUAUUCUUUGGUGCUGGCUGAUUUAGCCGUUUAA